AUGCCAGACCAUAAUGCAACCAUCCACUGGCAUGGUUUGAGCAUGCGCAUGGCACCUUUCUCUGAUGGCAGCCCAUCGGCCACUCAGUGGCCUAUUCCACCUGAUCAUUUCUUCGACUACGAGGUCUACCCCCUACGAUCCGAAUCCGGUACCUACUUCUACCAUUCUCAUGUCGGCUUCCAGGCUAUGACAGCUUCUGGCCCACUGAUCAUUGAGGACAAGGCCGAGCCCCCCUAUGCAUAUGAUGAGGAGAGGAUUGUCUUCCUCACCGACUACUUCAACAAAACGGACACCGUUAUCGAGAAGGGCCUAGUGGCAACGCCUUUCACCUGGUCUGGCGAAACGAAUGCGGUUCUCAUCAACGGCGUCGGAGUCUCUGUUGGGGAGACUGCCGGAAAUGGGAACUGCAAGCUACCAGUCAUCGACGUGGAACCUGGAAAAACCUAUCGCAUGCGCUUCAUUGGUGCUACGGCACUGUCCAUGGUGCAAGUAGGCAUCGUGGAUCAUGACAACUUUACCAUCAUCGAAGCUGAUGGUCACUAUACUAAACCUCACACUGAAAAGUUCAUGCAGUUGACUUCGGGUCAGCGUUUUGAUGUCAUCUUCAAGACUAAGACCGAGGCGGAAUUAAACGGGAAAACCGACUACCUUAUUCAGUUGGAGACAAAAGACCGUCCGAAGGUGUACCAGGGCUAUGGCGUACUACGAUACUCCAAGGCACAACCGCAGAUCACAACGGCUCCAGUCACUCCUCCUCUGAUACUUUCCAACAAGACGUAUGAAUGGGCAGAGUAUGCCUUGGAACCGUUGGUACCAAACAAUUUCCCCCAGGCUAGCGAAGUAACUCGGCAAAUUCACAUCGAUAAUCGUCAGCUCGCGACCCAGACUACCCUUUGGCAGCUCAACGGACUGCAAUGGAACGAGACUUCGACGCCUUAUGCGGGAGAUCAGCCCUACCUGAUAAACAUCUACGAGAACGGACCGUCUGCCAUUCCGAACUACACUGCCGCCAUGAACAACAACGGCUGGGAUCCGACUACGUUGACAUGGCCGGCAAAGAUGGGCGAGGUUCUCGAGAUCAUUUGGCACAACACUGGAUCACUGGUCAAUGGCAAUGGUGGCCUCGACUUCCAUCCCUUCCAUGCUCAUGGCGGACAUUACUGGGACAUUGGCAGUGGAAAUGGAACUUACAAUAGCACCGAGAACGAGGAGCGGCUGAAGAACUACAAUCCAGUCAAGCGAGACACAACAAACCUCUAUCGAUAUAGCGAGAAGACAAAGUCUGGCGAUGUUUCCGGGUGGAGAGGCUGGCGUCUGCGUGUGGAGGACGCCGGUGUAUGGAUGAUUCACUGUCAUAUUUUGCAACACAUGGUUAUGGGCAUGCAGAGUGUUUGGGUCAUGGGAGAUUACCAAGACAUUACUGGCAUUCCUGCUGUUGAUGCGGCUGGAUAUUUGCAGUACGGAGGAAACGUUAAUGGCAACGCCACUUUCGCACCAUCAUUUUCUGCUUUUGUUGCAUCUCGAACCAUCUAUAACGUUUAUUUUCAUCCUCUACGCCGCUACCCUGGGCCUCGACUUUGGGCCGCUUCUCGACUACCGUGGAACAUUGUCAACCUUCAAGGCAACCUUGCUUGGACAAUCCGCGAGCUCCACGGAAAGUAUGGCCCGAUUGUCAGAAUUGCACCUGAUGAGCUGUCUUACACGAGUUCUACGGCCUGGAAAAAGAUAUAUGGUCAGAGAUCACCAGAGUUUGCGAAAUGUUUUGACGGAAGGGGAAUCGCUGGGCCUAGCGUGACUAACCUAGCGGUUCGUAAUGGCGGCAUCGUGACGGCCGAGCAGGAGCCUCACUCCCGACUUCGUAAAGCAGUCUUGCCAGCCUUCAGCGAUCGUGCACUAAGAGAGCAGGAGGAUAUCCUCCAGCUUUAUGCAGGGAAAUUGAUGAAACAAUUGCGAUUCUCUAGCGAAACCGGAGCUCCUCAGGACAUGGUCAAAUGGUUUAGCCUUGCUGCCUUUGACAUCAUCAGCGACCUGGCAUUUGGACAAGCGGCUGGGUGUCUAGACGAUGCAUCCCAACCAUGGUUGCAAGUCAUUGGUGCUCGAGCGCAGGGAAUUGUCCGAUACCAGUUCGCUAUCUACUAUGGACUCGAAGCCUUGCUAGAAUGGCUCGCCCCAAAGGCCCAGAAGCUGGCUCUGAAGAGACAUGGCGAGUUGACUGCCGGCAAAGUCAAACGCCGUCUUCAACAAUCCGAUAACAAGAGAGAUUUUAUGAGUUACAUCUUGGAAAACCCACAAGCUGACCUCAGCAAUGCCGAUUUGGUCAGGAUGGCGUCAGCUUUCAUUGUCGCAGGCAGCGGCACGACAGCUACUGCACUUUCUGGCAUCACCUUCUACUUGUGUAGCAAUCCAAAGACGUACACGGCACUAUCGGAAGAGAUCAGAACCGCAUUCCAGACCGAAGAUGAGAUCUCAAUGGCAUCGACCGGGGAGUUGAAAUAUCUCAAGGCAGUCAUCGAAGAAGGGCUGAGGAUAUAUCCCCCCAGCCCAAGCGCUCUGCCGAGGUUUGUGCCUGAAAGCGGUGAGGAGAUUGAUGGAAGAUGGGUGCCUGGUGGCACGGCAGUUGGCGUUCAUCAGCUUUCCGCUGGCCACUCGGAGCAGAAUUGGACCAAUCCAAGGCAAUUCAUUCCAGAGCGAUGGCUAGAAAAGAGCGACAUAUGUACGUUUGUUAAUGACGAUAAGUCUGCUAGUCAGCCGUUUUCUUAUGGCCCUAGGAACUGUAUAGGCAAGAGCAUGGCCUAUGCAGAGCUACGCAUAAUACUGGCCAAGUUGGUUUGGAAUUUUGACCUAGAGUUGACGGAGGAGUCAAAGGAAUGGAUUUUGAGACAAAAGACGUACUUGAUCUGGCAGAAAGUGCCUUUACUGGUUAGGUGCAAGGAAAGACAAUAG